AUGACAGGUCUCGCCCCGGCGCAGAAGCAGGUCCGCGAUGCGCCCAAAGCGGCCGGAACGCCCGGCUCGACCAGCGAUGGACGGCCCGGGUCAUCUAUCCGUUUCCAGCACCAGAUCGAGGACACAGAUUUCGCAACGAAGGGCCAGCCGGCGGCAGGCUCCCAGCCAGGCGUCGUCGAUGCUAACGUCACCCCGGAGCAGUUGAGGGACCUCACAACCUCGCUCGGUGCCGCACGCUUACAAGGACUGCGUGUCGCCAAUUUCGCCUAUGAGCCCAUGUCGUUGCCAGCUUCUAGAACUGUAUCCCACGACGACGAUUCCCGUCACGCUAGUGGCCAGCAGACGCCCGCUUCGGGCGGCUCUCCCAUGCUCAGUGCAGGAGCCCACGAGAUACAGUCUCCGCCAUUGACGCCAUCCGGUACGCCCUACCUUGACGCCGAGAGGAAAUCACCCCUUGUGCCGACCGACGUCGCUUCUUCACAAAUCCCGCGCCAUGGUGUUAUUACCCCACAGGAGUCCUCGAAAGAUGCAUCGCCACCGGCAUCCAGGGCCAACCUAGCAGUCGCCGAUAAUCGACCUGCAACGUCCGGCGACACGUCCCGCCGCCCCGUCUCUUCAUCCGGCAUCCACGACCAGGUCCUCGACGGCAACCACCGGAAGGGCAUGUUUAGCAUCGGCCCCACCGUUAGCGGUUCCAGUGGCAGUGUCGGCGGCGGAAAGUCGCUCCCGGUAUCUCGUGAAGUUAGUCCCUCGAGAAACAACUCUGCGGCGCAGUUCUACACUCGGCCGUUUACACCGGCUGGCGAUUCCCAUGACCCGUACGCUGCCAAUAAGCGCCAACCUCAGAACAAGAUCGAGCCGCGCUUCAUGUUUUCCCGGCUGUCGAAACGGAAGGAUCCUUCACCGACGGCGUCGACAAUUUCAAUCCCAAAACACAAGGACGAGAAACGCCAUUCAGGCCUGUUCGGGAAUCACCAACACAAGAAAAAUCACGAUGACGCCGCUCAGGAGGACAGCCAGAUCACGCACAGUCGCCAAAGCUCUAUGUCUGACUUGAAGCGCUUCUUCAAGCUUGGUCCAUCCCAUCACCACAAGAUCAAGCGGGCGGUGUCACCAGCUAUGUCUAUACGCUCAGCCAAGCUCCCCGGAUCAAAAUCGUCCACGCAGAUUCCGUUUGGAGACGAGCACAGCUUGACAUCCAAAUACGGAAAGCUCGGCAAGGUGCUGGGAGCCGGUGCCGGAGGUUCUGUUCGUCUAAUGAAACGAAGUGAGGACAACACUGUUUUCGCAGUGAAGGAGUUCCGCGCUCGUCAUGCCUAUGAGAACGAAAAGGACUACGUUAAGAAGCUCACUGCUGAAUAUUGCAUUGGCUCAUCCCUUCAUCAUGGCAACAUCAUUGAGACACUCGACAUCAUUCGCGAGAAACAAAAGUGGUACGAGGUUAUGGAGUACGCGCCGUACGACCUUUUCGCCAUCGUCAUGACUGGCCAGAUGACAAGGGCUGAGGUUGCCUGCUGUUUCUUGCAGAUUGUGAGCGGCGUGACGUACCUGCACAGCAUGGGCCUUGCCCACCGUGACUUGAAGCUCGACAACGUCGUUGUCAGUGAACACGGCAUUAUGAAGAUUAUCGAUUUUGGUAGUGCACAUGUCUUCAAGUAUCCAUUCGAGAGUGGUGUCGUGAUGGCUUCAGGUAUUGUUGGAUCCGACCCGUACCUGGCCCCUGAAGUCUACGACGAACGAAAAUACGACCCUACGGCGGUGGACAUUUGGUCUCUUGCCAUCAUAUUCUGUUGCAUGACGCUUAGAAGGUUUCCGUGGAAGGUCCCUCGCCUGUCCGACAAUUCCUACAAGUUGUUUGCAGCCGAGCCCACCCCGGGCCACGAUCCCAAGAAGCUGGCAAUGGCUGGCCGCCUUGGCAGCUCAGCGAGGGCGGACGAGGAACCUCUCGUGGAGGCUGCAGAGAAGGAAAAGGUUGAGCAGCCUGAGCAACAGGCCAAGGAGAUUAGUGAUAAGAAAGACGUCGCAGAGGAGAAGGUUAACGUGACCGAGACAAAUAUCAAACCCGAGACCGCCGAAAAGACCAACAAUGACGAUCUUACCGACAAGGCCGACAAAAAGGACGAUGUGAAGGAGGCGGUCGACAAGUCGGCAGAGUCUGGCAAGGCCGCAGACAAGCCGGCAGAAAAGCGCGAGGUCAUUCGCGGCCCGUGGCGCAUUCUUCGGCUCCUUCCCCGGGAGAGCCGUGUUGUCAUCGGCAGCAUGCUGGCCAUUGACCCCAAGGACCGAAUCAAGAUGGCGGAUCUGAUCAAGGACCCGUGGGUCGCUGACACUGUGAUCUGCCGACAGAUUGAACCCGGCAGGAUCAUCCGCUCUAGUACGCACACGCAUAUACUCGAACAACCAACCCCAGUCGUGAAGUAG